AUGGCUAGGAGAAGAACAAAGAAGAGGACGCAUGUGCAGCAGACUUCAGAGGAUUUGAAGCAGAUUCCAAAAUCCAUGGUGAUACGGGUGGGGCAGACUUCGUUGUCAAACCACUCGUUGAACCAAUUGGUUAAGGACUUUCGUCAGAUCAUGCAGCCUCAUACGGCAUUGAAAUUAAAGGAGAGGAAGUCAAACAAAUUGAAGGACUUUGUGGUUAUGUGUGGUCCGUUGGGUGUUUCCCAUCUUUUCAUCUUUACACAGUCGGAAAAGACCGGUAAUGUCUCUUUGAAAAUUGCUAGAACACCUCAGGGCCCUACUAUUACAUUUCAAGUGGAGAAUUACUCGUUGGAUAAAGAUAUCAAGAAUUAUUUGAAAAGACCUAAGUCUCUCAAUAAAGAAGAUUUGCUAAGUCCACCUUUAUUGGUACUUAAUGGGUUCAACGCGAUGAAAAAUAAGAAGAAGGACACUGAUGAAAGUAAUGACGAAGCCAAUGUGGAGAAAGUUGUGAUCUCAAUGUUUCAAAACAUUUUCCCACCAUUGAACCCAGCAAGAACUCAACUUAACACUAUCAAGCGUGUCUUUAUGAUCAACAAGGACCAAGAGACUGGUGAGAUUUCGAUGCGUCAUUAUUUCAUCGAUAUUAGAGAAGUGGAGAUUUCAAAGAACUUGAAGCGUCUCUAUAAGGCAAAGCAAAACUUGAAUAAAGCAGUGCCGAAUUUGCAUAGAAAAGAGGACAUCUCUUCCCUGAUUUUGGAUCAUGAUGUUGGAGCAUAUACUUCUGAAUCUGAGAUAGAAGAUGAAUCGAUAGUGAAAGUGGUAGACACAAAGGAUAUCAAGACAAGUAAACCACCUACAGUCAAGAAAGAGCAAGAUGAAGGAUCCGCGUUACCAACUCAACCAAAUGAACCUAUAACGGCACCUCGUAAGAAGGCCGUCAAGCUAACGGAGCUAGGUCCAAGACUCGAGUUGAAGCUAGUCAAGAUAGAGGAAGGUAUCUGCUCUGGAAGAGUCCUACAUCAUGAGUUUGUUCAAAAGACCAGUGCUGAGAUUAAAGCACUUGAGAAGAGACACAUGGAGAAGAUGAGAAUCAAGGAACAAAGAAAGAAGGAACAGGAGGCAAAUAUAGCUCAAAAGAAAGCCGUUAAGGAAGCAAAGAAGCAAAGGAAGCUGGAAAGGAGAAAGGCCAGAGAACAACUGGUGGCGAACGGUGAGGAAGGUGAGAAUGCAGAUGUCUCCAUGAGCGAAGGUGAAGAAAGUGGAAGCGGAAGCGAUAAUGAGCAUUACAAUGACGUUCCUGAGGAUUUAGAUAGUGACUUGUUCAGUGAAGUAGAAGAAUAG